AUUUCGUUUUAUGGCAAAAUCUUGAAUAUUAUUUUUCGGUAUGUAUUAGCGCUGUUAUUAUCUGCAUCAUUAUCAUCUACUAAAAAAUCUCGCAAAUGGGUGAAAAUUUACAUAAAAAGUCUGAAUUAGAAGUUGAAAGUGAAAAUGUCGUUGUUGACUCAGUACUGAUGCAUAAGGCUACACCAGAAUAUCUUCAAGAACUACUAAAAGACAAAAGGCAGCUGCAGAAUUUCCCAAACAUAUUUUUACACUUAGAAUUCAUUUUGGAGAAAGAAAUUACUCGCGUAAGGCAAAAGCUAUUUCAUUUAAACGAAUCAGUAAAGAAAACUGAAAACGAGCUUCCAGUACCCUCCGGAAAUAUUGUGUCAUUACAAGAGAAGGUAUUUGUUCCUGUGAAGGAAAAUCCAAAUUAUAACUUUGUUGGACGCCUUCUCGGUCCGAGAGGAUUGACUGCGAAACAGCUUGAACAAGAUUUGGAGUGUAAAAUCAUGGUGAGAGGUAAAGGAUCACUUAGAGACAAAAGAAAGGAGGAUUCAAACAAAGGAAAACCAAACUGGGAACACCUGGAUGAGGAGUUGCAUGUUCUGGUGAGCGUCGAAGAUUUUGAAAGUCGUGCGGCGAUUAAACUCAGAAGAGCGUCCGAAACAAUUCGUGCAUUUCUUGAGCAAGGAGUGAGGACGCCUGAUGGAGAAGAUCAGGUGAAGAAACGCCAGCUUAUGGAAUUAGCAAUUAUCAAUGGUACUUAUCGAGCUGUGAAUCAACGUUCCAUUUUGCUCCCUUCAACAAAUUUAGCAAGUGAAUUACCUUUGAGAGAUGAGGAUUUACACCAACAAUGUAUAAAUGGACAUGUGAUAAGGCGUUCUCACAGUCCGAUCGAUAAUUCAGAUAUAGCGUUCAAUCAUAAAGAUCGUCAGCAAGCACAUAUUCAACAAGUUCAACAACACCAACAGCUCAUACUACAACAUCAGUCACUUACUGUAUUAAAUCAUCAAGCGGCUGCAGCAGCGGCAGCUGCAGCAGCUGCAGCUCAAAUAUUACCAUCAAAUAAAUAUUCUUCAACUAAUAUUUUACCUCAGAUUCAAUCUCAGGUACUUCCUGUAUCACUGGCAACAAACUGUUUACUUCCUGGAACAAUGAAUUCUGCAUUAUCUCAAGCUAAUUCAAUACAUUCCAUUCCAAAUAAUCAAUUAUCUCAUUCUAUCCCAUCUUUUAGCUCAGCGAAUUUGUCUACUUAUUUACCAAAUAAUAAUAUAUCCGGACUUUUAUAUCCUUUGACGGCAAAUGCAGCUUUAUCUGCAGCCGUCAGUACAGGAUCAGCUACAAAUAAUGGACAACUGAAUCUAACUCUUCCUUUAAGCCAAAUCGCUGGUGGUAUUACUGGGAAUGGACUUUCUGGUUUAUCCUUGCCGAUUGGUUCUACGUUGCAUACAGCCAGCCAUGAUCAGUUAGCUGCUGUUGCAGCUGCUCUCCUUAGUGGAAGUGGAACAGGAGGUAUUGGUGCAAGUAAUUCAAAUUUACAGUUAUGCAAUGGUAACGUGAAUAAUCCUGUAUCUAAUAUAAACUCAGGUGCUCAUAGUUACCCUAUCACUUCACAUACAUCACUUGCAGAUGCUGUAAAUAUACUGGAAUUCAGCAACGCAUCAAAUACACAAGAAACUGGUUCAGGACCACUUAAAUUACGUUCCUUGCAAGCCACAUCAUCCACAGUUUCUCGAAUGCAUCCAUACCUAAGACAGUAAUUAAUGAAUGACGUCAUUGCUGCAAAUAAUACAAAAUCUGCUUAUAUCCAUGACAAAUAGCAGCUGCUAAUUAUUGUGAUUUUUAAUUUACCAGCAGGCUUUCAUUAAAUAAUCAAAAACAGUUUAAGUGCUUUCGUAUCACAAAUACAAAUGCUUAAUAUCUAACCAGUUCAUUUGUCUUCUCUAAGUGAACUACAUGUAAAUUAAAUUGACUUACACAAACAUCCCUUAUAGUUACUUGUUAUGCUUUUAUUUUCUACGAAACUUUGCUCAGAACUUGUAUUAUUAUAGUUAUUAUUACUACUGCAUUGGAUAGGGAAAAUAGAGACUGCUAUGUUAAAAGAAAAAUAUUUUGAUAUGGUUUUUUUUCAUAGACACUAUCCAUGACACAAGAGUAAAUUGUCAGAGUUAUUAAAGGUGAGAAUUUUUGAUUGUACUGUCGACUCGAAUCUACAUCAUGCAUACUGACUAAUAUCUUUGUUGUUAUUCUCAGUUAUAUCAGUAAUUUUCAUUACGAAUAACAAUGACGGUUAUUGUAUGUUCAAUAUACAUAUAUAACGAAUGUGUUCUAAUUUUGUUUUUAUUUAUUUUAAGUAAUAUAAAUUUGUGUGAAUUGAUGUAAAACAAGUUUAAAUAUCUUCCCUUUUACUAUUACAGUAGACUUAUUUUAAACUCUGACUAUGUGUAUAUUUGAUAUUAUUGUACUAAAUGUUUCCGUUAUUGUCAAAUUGUCGUUUUGUGAUUGUUCUCCCUGUUUUUUUCAUCCUAUUUUCUCUAAUUCAUAUCAUACAACAAAAUGUUUGACAACCAUGACAGAAAAUCUAGUUAUGAGACUGUUUUUUAUUUGCCCGUUUUUAGCACUGCCUAAGAGUAAAUUUCUAUCUUCCAACCAAUAUUACUUUGUUAAAUGUUUUAUACAAUUGCCUAGAUAUUUUGGUUUGACGCUCAUUUCUCUUCAUCUUUUAUUUGAAUGAUUGUGUAAUCGCAUAACUAUAUUAAGUUUAAAAUAAAACUUGUUUGUGAAAAUUUAUCUAGAUCCUUUUCUAUGAUGCAUUACUUUAAAAAAAAAGCAAUUACAUCACUUCAUUCUCAUUACUUGAUUUCUUGUAUGACCUAUUGAAAUGACAAUAUGUUCAUCGGAUUAUUAGUGGUCAGAGUGAUAUUGUCUUCCUUAUGACUGUACCUCCCUCAACCGUUAACUUUUUUCUUCCAUUUGAAUUAUUUAUUUUUAAGUUCCGUUUUAUUUUUUCAUUAUAUACGACUUCAAAAAUGGCCAUUACUACGUUUCCAGUAUUUCUGAUCUGUCAACUCAGCUACUGAGUUAAAUUUACCUGUCAGUUAAUUUACAGGAUGAAAAUACGUUAAGAGAUGUGGCGAAAAAGUGUUGCAAAAGCCAGAAGAAAAACGAAGAACACAGUAGAUCCGGAAAAUGAGAAAUGAAAAGACAGCGAAACAGAAAGUCAAAGACAAAUAAUACUUAUUUUUUGUUGAAAAACAUUUACUUUUCUA